AUGGUAACUCAUACCAGAGUUCAUCUGCAAACGUUGGUACUUUUGAUAUUUGUUGUCCACCUGAGCCGGCCAGUGUGUGUCGAUGUCCCGUCGGAGACUGACGCAGUCCUGGGGAAAUCCAUGAAGUUGACCUGCAUUUAUUGUAUGAAGAGGGAUGAGAUCAAAGCAAAGACACGUGUGAAUUGGUACUUUAAGCCAAACGAAGAAAAAGGCAACUCAUCUAACAAAACUCAUAUAUACAAGUAUGAAAUUAACAGAUCAGUUGAGUUGGACGGACCAUUUAAGGGGCGUCUGGCCUGGAAUGGGAGCCAGGACUUGCAAGAUGUCUCCAUUCAAAUCAUCAACGUCACCUAUAAUGACAGUGGCAUUUAUGAGUGCAAUGUCUCUCGCGAGUUUGAGUUUGACUUCUUCAAACCCUCAGCCUUCCUCGUCAAGAAAAUCCAGUUGAAGGUGAAAGCGAAAGCCACUGGAAACGCCGCAGCUCUCUACUCUGAGAUCAUGAUGUAUGUGCUGCUGGUGUGCUUGACCUUCUGGCUGCUGGUGGAGAUGGUCUACUGCUACAGGAAGAUUUCCCAGUCAGAUGAGCAGGCACAGGACACAGCGACAGACUACCUAGCCAUUCCUUCUGAACAGAAAGACAACCCAGCCGCUCCUGUUACCGAAUAAAAGCUGUUAUCAGUGACACGAUAUUAACCAAUCACGAUGGAACUUCGA